AGGCAGGCUUGGGGGGGCUCCUCACUUUUUGCUUGGUAGAGCUUGUAAAAAUGGGAAGGCAACCUUGUUGUGAUAAGGUUGGAUUGAAGCGAGGCCCUUGGACAAUUGAGGAAGAUCACAAGCUCAUUAACUUCAUCCUCAACAAUGGCAUCCAUUGCUGGAGAAUGGUUCCUAGGCUUGCAGGAUUGCUACGAUGUGGGAAAAGUUGCAGAUUAAGAUGGAUUAAUUAUCUAAGGCCAGAUCUUAAGAGAGGCGGAUUCACAGAAGCAGAAGAGAAUGAAAUCAUUCAACUUCAUUCGCGUCUUGGUAACAGGUGGUCUAAGAUUGCUGCACAUUUUCCCGGCCGCACAGACAAUGAAAUCAAGAACCACUGGAAUACGCGAAUCAAGAAGAGGUUAAACCUGCUUGGCUUAGACCCUGUGACUCACAAGCCAAUUGAGAAAAAAGGAAAUAGUGGUGACAAAAAUGAGGCAGCAUUAGAAUCAACUUUACCAAAAGGACGAGAGGAUAGCAUGGAGGUUAAUUCCAUGGAUAAUUAUAAUUAUACUAACAAGGAUUCUCUGGGAACAGAGGAGAAAAGGGAUAAAGUGGAAUUAAACUUGGAUGAAACUGAUGAUCUGCUAAACAAUUAUGAUAUUUGCUGGGGUAGCUUGGAUUUUGGAUCAUGGAUGAACCAAGAAACGAACACUAAUACUCCCUAUAGUCCUUCAUUUUCUUUGGAAAACUCCAGCAACCCCUCUGUGGGUGAAUCCCCUCUCUACAAGAAUGGAAUGGAAGUACUGUGGAUUCCAUACUCUCAUGGGAUGGCUUCAGUUAUCUAGAACAGGAAAUUUUCUUCUUGUAAAUCAGCAAAUGAAUAUACUCCCAUCUGUCCCCUAAGCAUCUUUGGUUUCUUUUUGGAUGAAAAAGUGUCAUUAGCUUUGUGAACACUAAGCAAGAACAUUGCUAGUGUGAAGAUGAUAAUUGUGAGUUUCUAUCCAGUAAGGAACUGUUCAUUCCUUUCUUUCACUUUGAUCCACCUCCGACCAGCGGGGCUUAAAGCUUUG